AUGAGUGAUGAGCGGCGGCCGCCGGGCAGCGCCGUGGGCUGGCUGGCAUGCGGCGGCCUCUCUCUGCUGGCCAACGCCUGGGGCAUCCUCAGUGUGGGUGCCAAGCAGAAGAAGUGGAAGCCUCUAGAGUUCCUGCUGUGCACGCUCGCGGCCACCCACAUGCUCAAUGUGGCGGUGCCCAUCGCCACCUACGCCGUGGUGCAGCUGCGGCGGCAGCGCCCCGACUACGAGUGGAACGAGGGCCUCUGCAAGGUCUUCGUCUCCACCUUCUACACCCUCACCCUGGCCACCUGCUUCUCUGUCACCUCCCUGUCCUACCACCGCAUGUGGAUGGUUCGCUGGCCGGUGAACUACAGGCUGAGCAACGCCAAGAAGCAGGCGGUGCACACUGUCAUGGGCAUCUGGAUGGUGUCCUUCAUCCUGUCGGCCCUGCCUGCUGUUGGCUGGCACGACACGAGCGAGCGCUUCUACACCCACGGCUGCCGCUUCAUCGUGGCUGAGAUCGGCCUGGGCUUUGGCGUCUGCUUCCUGCUGCUGCUGGGAGGCAGCGUGGCCAUGGGCGUGGUCUGCACAGCUGUCGCCCUCUUCCAGACGCUGGCCGUGCAGGCGGGCCGCCGGGCUGACCGCCGUGCCUUCACCGUGCCCACCAUCGUGGUCGAGGACGCACAGGGCAAGCGCCGCUCCUCCAUCGACGGGUCCGAGCCUGCCAAGACCUCGCUGCAGAUCACGGGCCUGGUGGCCACCAUUGUCUUCAUCUAUGACUGCCUCAUGGGCUUCCCCGUGCUGGUGGUAAGCUUCAACAGCCUCCGGGCAGAUGCCUCAGCUCCCUGGAUGACGCUGUGUGUGCUGUGGUGCUCAGUGACCCAGGCCCUUCUGCUGCCCAUGUUCCUCUGGGCCUGCGACCGCUACCGCGCCGACCUCAAGGCUGUCUGGGAGAAGUGCAUGGCCCUCAUGGCCAACGACGAGGAUUCGGACGGUGAUACCAGCUUGGAGGAUGGCGCGCCUCGGGACCUGAUCCUGGAGCGCUCCCUCGACUACAGCUAUGGGGGCGACUUUGUGGCCCUGGACAGGAUGACCAGCUAUGAGCUGUCCCUGGAGGGGGCCCUGCCCCAGUUCUACCAGCUGGGGCCCUUGCAGGAGGACAAGAUGCAGUACCUGCAGGUCCCGCCCACGCGACGCUUCUCGCACGAGGACGCAGACCUUUGGGCCGCGGUCCCGCUACCCGCCUUCCUGCCGCGCUGGGGCUCUGGGGAGGACCUGGCCGCCCUGGUGCAGCCCUCUGGGCCCGACCCGCGCCCCGACCGCCUGCGGGCCCUCGCCGAGGACACGCCCCCGUUCCGUCCGCGCCGCCGCUCGGCCGAGAGCCUGCUGUCGCCGCGCCCCCCCGCCCUGGACGGCCGCCCGCGCCGCGCUCGCCACUCGCACCCCAGCAGCCCCCGCCGCCGCCCCGGGCCUGGAGCCCGCUCCGCCUCGGCCUCGCUGCUGCCCGACGCCUUUGCGCUGACAGCCUUCGAGCGCGAGCCGCAGGCCCUGCGCCGCCCGCCCGCCCCGCCGGCGCUCUUCCCCGCGCGCGCCCCCGACGCCGCCGGCACCGCCCAGCCCGGCGUGGACACGGUGCCCCCUGGCGGGGCCAGCGCGCAGCGGAGCCCUGGGCCGCGCGCGGCUGCGCAUGCGCACGCCCGGCCCCUGCGGACAGCCCUGAGUGCGUCGUGGGGCGAACCCACCGGCCUGCCAGUGGCGGGCGGCGGCGGCAGCACCAGCAGCUUUCUGAGCUCGCCUUCCGAGUCCUCGGGCUACGCCACGCUGCACUCGGACUCGCUGGGCUCCGCGACCUAG